CCAGCUUAGUCGAUUAAACGUUUGCUUAUCGCCCCCAAUCUGCCAGUGUCGUUAAUGCUUCUGAGGACACUGCCUUUGGUUGGUAGGGACUUAUUUCGGGUAGUCUCGGAAGUCUGACGGAGAAAGUGGCAGGUGUAACAACAAUGUAAAACGAUAUUAGACACUUUCCACGUGCUGCUAAUUAAUUUCAAACCUGCAAUUAUUAACUAAUACCUGGAAACAUCUGAGAUAUGGAGCUGACACUCGCGGGAGUAUGACACAUAUCAAUUUGAGUGUUUAUUUAACAGAAAAUAACGCCAGACACUUGUAAAACAGCAAUAUCAAAUCUAGUCUUAUAAACUCUAAAAGGGAACUAUAAACUCAACCAAAAUGUCGAUGGAUUUUAAGAAAUUUACCUACAGACCCAGCCGUCCUGACAACCGUUUCAGGACAAACUAUGCACUAAUGUCGCAAUGGAUGGCCCAGCCCACUAGAGGGACACGUGCCGACAUGGAAAUCCAAAGUGCCGUGUAUGGCAAGAAAGUGGCGCGCUCACAGAACCCCUACAUGGACCAGUCGUCUCCCCGGGGCUAUGCACAGGCCGCCGCUAUAGAGGAGGGAGCACCGCCCCACAUGCGGUUUGCCGAGGAUGCAGGCUACGAUGAUUUCCACAAGGCGUUUCGUGCCAUCAGUAAACAAUGGCCAAACAAAAGUCACCCAAACUUUGGACCCCCCAGGCUACGUAUGGGUCGGGCCGGAGGUAGUUGGCGUCACGUAAAGGAAGUGUUACAGGCAGGAGGAGCCAGGAUCGUCUUCGUCGACGGUCAAAGACGAAACGAAGACACAAUAAAUAUGGACAUCGUUCCCGGGGGUCAUUUGGUGCAAAACGUGGUCCCGAGGGUCGACGGCGCCAAUGCGCGCCUGCAUGGGAUCGGAAGUGGUGGCAUGACAAGCAUGCACAGAGAGAAGAAUGCGUCCAACAGAAUAAAUGUUUUGCCUGCCUUUGACCCCGAUGGUAUCAGAGAUUGAACGAGUACAGGCACGUCGGCGUACGGUCUGGAAACGAGACAAGGGCUGGAACAAAAUAACUGGUGCGUAAUGAGGUGAUGACGCAGCCUCCGUACCACAUCUCACACAUCGUCCUACUCAUCGCUUGUUGCUAUUUUUAUAUUCGUUUUAUCGGUCAUCACAACAGCAUAAACCAUGGAAAGAAACUGUACGGAAGACAUUUUAUGUCAUGCUCUCGUACACUCAAAGAAUGAACUUUCAAGUAUAGAUUCACCGUCUACAGUGAGUUUUGUAAAUUCCUUACAUCAGUCGAGACUUAUAUUAUUGAAGAGGAAGAAGGGGUCUGUACAGUUCGCUUUUGUAAUCGUUCCAAUCAGUAUUAGUACUUUAUAUGUUUAUUGUUAUAUUUAUUUAUGUAAAGUAUUAUUUUGGCUACUUUUAUCAAGAGUUUGCUCAAUAUAUUUCAGUAUUCACAUUAAGUUAUUUUUUUUUUACUGUAUACAGUUGAGUCCUGUGAUACAUAUGUUAAUGCAUCUUUCAUAUAGGAAAAAAAGUAUAUGUAAUAAAUGUCCUUUCUUAGCUA